AUGGCUACUGAUUCAAGAGCUGCUCCUCUCCGACUUGGUUCUAUUGCCCCCAACUUCCAAGCCGAGACCACUCAAGGUCCUAUCGACUUCCACGAAUUCAUCGGCGACAAGUGGGUUGUUCUCUUCUCCCACCCCGAAGACUACACCCCCGUCUGCACUACCGAGCUCGGCGCCUUUGCAAAGCUCGAGCCUGAGUUCACGAAGCGCGGCGUCAAGUUGAUUGGUCUGUCUGCCAACACUAUCGAGUCGCACGGAGGAUGGAUCAAGGAUAUCGACGAGAUCUCUGGUAGCAAGUUGAGCUUCCCAAUCAUCGGUGACAAGCAACGCCAGGUCGCAUACCUCUACGAUAUGCUUGACCACCAAGAUACCACCAACGUUGACUCUAAGGGCAUUGCGUUCACUAUUCGCUCCGUCUUCAUCAUCGACCCUAAAAAGACCAUCCGCCUCAUCCUCUCCUACCCUGCCUCCACCGGCCGUAACACGGCUGAGGUCCUCCGCGUUGUCGACUCCCUCCAGACUGGCGAUAAGCACCGUAUCACCACCCCUAUCAAUUGGGUCCCAGGAGACGACGUUAUCGUCCACCCUAGCGUCAAGAACGAGGAGGCUAAGACUCUCUUCCCUGACUUCCGUAUCGUCAAGCCAUACCUCAGAUUCACUCCUCUUCCUAAGGAGAAGACUUCUGCUGCAUGA